AAGGCUCACACAAUCACCAGAAGUGAAACUGAAAGUAGACUUCGUUUAUAAACUCGUUAUUUGCUGUUGAAUCCGCCUUGGGAAUACUCUCUUCAACAUGUCCAGUUAUCUAAGAAGAGGAUUGCUUCAUUAUUUUAAGAUCGGAUCAUUCGUAAGAGCUCGAUCGCGAGGAAUAUCUACGAUUGUUUCUAGAAGAAGCCAAGUUGUUACUAAACAGGAUGUUGGCGUCUCAACACGAUUUUCUUUGAAGCAGAACUCUAAAUUAUUAACGAUCCCAGGGAACGUUAGAUUCUUAGCAUCAGGGGCUGAUUCAAAAGGAGUCUUGAGACAAAAACUUUGGAAAAUUUUAAGAGUGUUGUUUAUGGUAACCGGUGGAAUAGUGUGGGGUUUGCCUGCUGUACUGUAUAUUGGAUUUAAAACUGGACUGAUAAAAGUAGAAGUGGAAGAACGAGAGGAGAGUGAACACGUUCGCCACGAUGAGCGUCUGUUUUCUGUCUUUGAUGUAUCCAGAGAUGCUGAACAUGAUUCCAGAGCAAUAGAAAUUAGUGAUAAGUCUUCGGCGUUAAUGAAAAUAUGGAACAAACUCAAGCUUGAAGAAGGAGUGUUAAAGAAGUUUGGUGAACCUGUGGAUUUAAUAGGCUACCAAGGAAAGUGCUCUUCUUGUAGAUUCUCGAAUAAAUAUCCUCAUUUUGAUUCGGCUGAGCUCAAGAAAGGUUCAAGUGAAAUAAUUCAAGAUUCUGAAAUACUGGAUGAAAAUAAAAAGGAAAAUGAAAAUGGAAUUGUUGGUUGGUGUGUGUCAUGUAUAGUGGCUGGUCCUAAGCAGACAGGGAUACUUGAUCUGGAGUUCUCUAAGGAUAACAAAGAGUGGAUUCCAGUUUCAUUGCGCCUUGAAGAACUACAAAAAACAGGAGACGUUGUGUGCAAUGUAUCAGGACCCUUACCCAAUGGAAUCACUAGAUUUAUACGAUUGUCCAAUGACUGAAAAAUCACAAAAUAUGAACUUGUUGUAUUAAUCUUUUCAUUAAGUAAAAAUGAUGUCAGAUGUUGAAAUAUAAGUAGAAAGGUAAUAAUACUCAGGAGAAUUUUAGACUCAGUCAUAAAGUUUGAAAUGAACUGACAAUCAAUUUAUGAAAUUUGAUACAAUUAUUGAAUGUCCCAAACUUUUGAGAGGAUAUUUGCUACCAAUGGAAAACAUAACUAGAAUAACUUCACCACAUAACAUGCUUCUGGUAUUCCCUAAUACCAAGCUCUUUUAUCUUACCAAAGUAUGAGAUAGUAUAGCCCUAAUUUUCAUGAAAAUGAUUGUGGGAACAAAAGGAGAUUAGGUGGUAGGUCAUUCCAACACUAAAAGGAAUUAUUUGCUUACAACUACCAGUAAACACUGAGAAAUAAUUGAGAUUCAGCAACUGUAAGUAACACUGAAUAUCUCAUUAUAAACAUCCAUGUUCUUGACGAGUAUAAUAAUAGGCAACAGUUAUUCCAGCUAUGUUAUAUUAUGUGGAAUACUGCUUGAGCUCAAUGGUUUUUUCAGAGAAAAUGAGAAUAUCCUUGUCUUGUGGGGCUGGUUUAGUUACAAAUUGGCAAAUCAAGUAAACUCAUGACCCUUUCAGUCUUGGAAUGACCCAUCACCUUAUCCCAUCCUAUCCAAUCCUAUCCCAUAACAUGUAUCUCCUAUGGAUUGUUUAAUGAUGUGAAAUUCUUCAACUUUUGAUCAGCUCGCUCAGAGGCUGUUCAAAUGUACGCUUUGGUAUAAUUACCAGAGAAUGAAAUCUAUGUUUUUCUAUUUACCUUUUUUGAAAUCAUUGAAUAUUAAUAAUUAACUUUUGACUUAUAUACUGCACUACCUAACAUAUUUAAUAAAGCCAAAUUAAUGAUGUAAAUAGGCCUCACCGGCUUCAAAGACCAUGAGACAAUGCCAGAUUCUCAAUUCAUAAAGCAAUUUUUGUUUUAGGUACUCUCUGAUUUAAACACAUGGGACCCAUGGGAUGGGUGAAUAUGCUUGAUAGACCAGGAGAGAAGCAUAAGAAGCUACAAUCUAAAGCAUGAAUUCACAAAAAAAAUUGUAUUAAAGUGACAAUAUAUUCAGA